AUGACAAUUACAACUACAACAACAAAUAGUACUACAGAUACUACUACAACUCCACCAUCAGACGCAUCAGUAACUGCGUCUGAUACUACAUCAACACCAAAUACAACUACAGGAAUAAGUAAAGUCUAUGAUGAAUUAAUAUUGGUUAUAUUUUUAGACAACUCGAACUGGAUGAGGAAUUCAGAUUAUCCUCAAAGUAGAUGGAAAUCACAAUACACCGCAAUAACAACACUAAUAAAUAAUUUAACAAAGAAUAUGAUUAGAUAUACUUUAUAUAUGAUAGCGAUGGCUGAUGAUAAUUUAAACAAUCAAGAGCUAAAGGAUAAUAUAAAUUUUUUAAAAGAAAAACAAGUCGGUUUUGAUGUCAUAUCAUUUGGAGAUGCCCAAAUUGAUAAAAUUCAACAGUUAUAUAAUGAUACUAACUAUCCUGAUUCUAAUUGCAAUUUUUAUAACAUAUUACCAAAUAAUGAUUUAUUAGUAUCAAACAUUACAAAACUACAAUGGAUAAAAGGUUGUAAAUUAUCAGCUCCUAAUAAUGUUCCCACAAAUAGUGUUACACAUAGACCCAGAUAUCCAUCACAACAAGUUAGAAUCAAUCCAGUAAAAACAACGAAUAGAAAUAAUACCCCAAACAGUAAUAAUAAUAAUAAUAGUAGUAGUAAUAAUAAUAAUAAUAAUAAUAAUAAUAAUAAUAAUAAUAAUAAUAAUAAUAAUAAUAAUAAUAAUAAUAAUAAUAAUAUUAUAAAUAAUAAUGGUAAUAGUUUAAAUGUAAGUAAUGAUUUUGAUAACAAUGAAUCAGAUUUAAAACCAAUAAAAACCUCAAGUGAACCAGAAAAUAAAAUCAAUGAAAGCGAUACCACCUCAAUUAAAACAUCUGUCAACACUGAUAAUAUUAAUCAAAGCAAUGUUAAUAACAACAAUAUAAAUAAUAGCAAUGACAACGAUGUUAACAAAAAUACUACCAACAUUAAUAAUAAUGAUAAUAAUAACAAUAACAAUAAUAUUGAUAUACCAGAGUCAAUACAAUAUAGAAAUCAACUCUCAUAUUUAAAAAACAUUCAUCACCACAAUGUUUUUCCAUUAAAAAAGAUUAGUAAUGGUUUAUCACCAAAACUACCAUCUCUAGACAAUGGAUCCAAACAAACAUCAUUAUCACAACCAUUAUCCCCACAAAAAACAUCACCUCGAUAUUCUUUAUCUCAAACCCCACAAUCCGAACCUAUUUUACCAUCAGUGUCUGCAGAUAUUAUAUCUCCUCAAUUAUUAUCAGAGCAACAACCACCACCAUUAUCACUGUGA